GAGGUCAAAUUGGAAUCCAAAUAGGAGGCAAACUCUCUGGGGGUCUUCUACAAAAACAAAAUGCUUCUCUCAAAGUUUCAGCAAAGUUGAACUUCAUCCCAUCAAUGCUGACAAAUCUAAUAAUAACACCCUCAAAUCCUGCUCACAAUGGCCGUGUAUGCAGCACCUGGGGCAACUUCCACUUCAAGACCUUUGAUGGAGACAUAUUCUCCUUCCCUGGGCUCUGUAAUUAUGUUUUUGCCUCCCACUGCAACACUCCCUAUGAGGACUUCAACAUCCAGAUUAGGCGUGAAGUGGUGGCAAAUGCUCCAACAAUCAACCGUAUCACCAUGAAGCUUGAAGGUGUAGUUGCUGAACUAACAAAGGGUGUUGUCCUGAUCAACAGCAAUAGGGUUCAACUGCCCUAUAGUCAAUCCGGUAUUACGAUAGAGAAAAGCAGCAUUUACGUGAAAGUUGCCAGCAAAAUCGGUGUUGUGUUAUUAUGGAAUGAAGAUGACAGCAUCCUGCUGGAGCUGAAUGAGAAAUAUGCCAAUCAGACUUGUGGACUUUGUGGGGACUUCAAUGGCUUUCCAAUUUACAAUGAAUUCUUUUCAAACAAUAUUAGGAUGUCUGCCUUGCAAUUUGGAAAUAUGCAGAAAAUGGAUGGGCCAACAGAACACUGUGAAGACCCCACUCCUACCCCACCAUACAAUUGCCCUGAAAAUCUUGAUGACAUAUGCCAGAAAACACUGACCAGCUCUGCAUUUGCAGAAUGUAAUGACCUUGUUGAUGUUAGAGAGUACAUUACAGCUUGCCAAGACGACUUGUGCCGCUCUGAAGAAUCUAAAAACUCCUCAUGUAUCUGCGACACCAUUGCUGAAUACUCCCGGCAGUGUGCUCAUGCUGGUGGGCAUCCCCUGAACUGGAGAACCUCAAACCUGUGCACCAAGAAGUGUCCUUUUAACAUGCAGUACGAGGAGUGCAACUCCCCCUGUGCUGAUACAUGCUCAAAUCCUGAAAGAUCUCAGUUUUGUGAAGAACAUUGUAUUGAUGGUUGUUUCUGCCCCCCAGGGACCGUAUUUGAUGACAUCAACAAUUCUGGCUGCAUUCCCCAGCAGCAGUGCUCCUGUAUUUACAAUGGCAACACCUACGCUACAGGAACUUCUUUUUCAGAGCCGUGCCAGACCUGUACCUGCAAUGGAGGCCAGUGGAGCUGCCAAGACAUGUCAUGCCCAGGAACAUGUUCAGUAGAGGGAGGUUCACACAUUUCCACAUAUGAUAAAAAACGUUAUGAUCACCAUGGAGACUGCACCUACGUCCUUUCUAAGGACUGUAAAGAUGAAACAUUCACCAUCCUGGUAGACCUACGCAAAUGUGGCCUAACAGACACUGAGACGUGCUUAAAGACAGUGACCCUCAACAUGAAUAACGGACAAACUGUUGUCGAGGUCAGACCUGAUGGUAGUGUGUUUGUGAACUCAAUCUACACCCAGCUGCCCAUGUCAGCAGCUAAUGUCACCAUGUUCAGACCUUCAUCAUUCUUCAUGAUCAUGCAGACAAACUUUGGGGUCCACCUUGAAGUCCAAUUCAUACCCAUGAUGCAAGUGUUUGUGCGACUGGAUCCUAUUUUCAAAGGACAGACUUGUGGUCUCUGUGGAAACUUCAAUAAUAUCCAAACUGAUGACUUCAAGGUCAUAAGUGGAAUAAUUGAAGGAACAGCAGCAGCAUUUGCUAAUACGUGGAAAACUCAGGCUUCAUGCCCUAAUAUCCAGCAGAGUUUUGAGAACCCUUGUGCACUCAGCAUUGAUAAUGAAAAAUAUGCUCAGCAUUGGUGUGGACUGCUGACUGACAGCAAAGGACCUUUUGCUGAUUGCCACUAUGCAGUGAAUCCAGCUGUUUACCACACGAACUGCAUGUUUGACACAUGUAACUGUGAAAACAGUGAGGACUGUCUGUGUGCAGCCUUGUCUUCCUAUGUGAGAGCUUGUGCUGCAAAAGGAAUCCAGCUGCAGGGAUGGAGGACUGAUGUCUGCACAAAGUACACCACCUCAUGUCCCAAAUCCCUAAGCUACAGCUAUACCAUCUCCUCCUGUCCACCCACUUGUCGGUCUCUGAGUGAGCCUGAUGUCACAUGCAACAUUAAGUUUGUCCCAGUUGACGGCUGCACCUGCGUAAAUGGAACCUACAUGGAUGAGAGUGGCAAAUGUGUGCCUGCUAAUGAAUGCCCCUGCUACUACAGAGGAUCUCCCAUACCAUUUGGAGAAGUUGUCCAUGAAAAUGGGCAAGUAUGCUCUUGUGUCCAGGGAAGACUGAAUUGCAUUGGAGCACCGAAUCCAACUCCAGUCUGUGAAUCUCCCAUGGUCUACUUUGACUGUAGAAACAACACUGCAGGAAAAACUGGAGCAGAAUGUCAAAAAAGUUGCCAGACUCUGGAUAUGCAGUGUUAUAGCUCACAAUGUACAUCUGGCUGCAUGUGCCCAAAUGGGCUUGUGUUAGAUGGAAAUGGUGGUUGUAUUCCUGAAGACGAAUGUCCCUGUAUUCACAAUGAAGCCAUGUAUCAGCCUGGGGAAAAGAUCAACUCUGACUGUAACACCUGUGUAUGCAAGAAUAGGAAGUGGGAAUGUACCAAAAAUCAAUGUCUGGGCACUUGUGCUGUUUAUGGAGAUGGCCAUUAUAGCACCUUUGAUGACAAAACAUUCAGCUUCAAUGGAAAUUGUGAAUACACACUAGUCCAGGACCACUGUGGGAAGAGUGGCUCAGCCAACGGGACCUUCAGGGUUGUCACUGAAAAUAUUCCUUGUGGCAACACUGGGACAACUUGCUCAAAAUCCAUCAAAGUCUUCUUAGAGAGCUAUGAACUGAUACUUGGUGAAGAACAUGUCAGUGUAGUAAAGAGAGGACAAAAUGAUAAGGUGCCAUACACAAUCCGCUAUAUGGGUAUGUACCUGGUAAUUGAGACCACGAGCGGACUGAUCCUCAUGUGGGACAAGAAAACCAGCAUGUUCAUCAAGCUCAGCCCUGAUUUUAAGGGCCAGAUCUGUGGCCUCUGUGGAAAUUAUGAUGGCAACAGCAUCAAUGACUUUACUACAAGGAGUCAAUCUGUAGUAGAGAAUGUCCUAGAGUUUGGAAACAGCUGGAAAGUAUCCUCUACAUGUCCUGAUGCUAACAGCAUCAAGGACCCAUGUUCUACCAACCCUUACCGAAAGUCCUGGUCAGAGAAGCAGUGUAGCAUCAUCAACAGCAACGUCUUUGCUGCCUGUCACUCUCAGGUUGAACCAGCAAAAUAUUACCAAGCAUGUGUGACGGAUGCUUGUGCCUGCGACUCUGGAGGAGACUGUGAUUGCUUCUGCACAGCAGUAGCUGCCUACGCCCAAGCAUGCAGUGAAGUUGGUGUAUGCAUAGCCUGGAGAAGCCCAUCAAUUUGUCCACUGUUCUGUGAUUACUACAAUCAACAAGGAGAGUGUGAAUGGCACUAUAAGCCUUGUGGAGCCUCCUGUAUGAAGACCUGUAGGAACCCAAGUGGAAAAUGCCUCAAUGACUUGCCAGGUUUAGAAGGCUGCUAUCCAAACUGCCCACCAGAGAAGCCAUAUUUCCAUGAGGAUCAGAUGAAGUGUGUUAGUCUCUGUGACUGUUAUGAUGAUGAAGAUGGAAAGAUAUAUAAACGAGAUGAAUGUAAUAUAUGUGAGUGCACAUCAGAAGGUUUACAGUGCAAGUUCGAUGAUAAAGCCUGCCACUGCAUUUAUGAAGGAAAUAGCUAUAAAUAUGGUGAACUCAUCUAUAACACCACAGAUGGAACUGGAUGGUGUUUCAGUGCAACAUGCGAUGUCAACGGAACAAUAAGCAGAAACAUCUUUAAAUGUGGCAUUUUUACAACAACCCCAUUUACAUUUUCUACAACUCAGCCCACAACUACUACUUCAGAAAUGACAACUGCAGCACCAGUGACAACCGUAUGUGUGAAAAAUGUGUGCACCUGGUCAGAAUGGUAUGAUUCUACUCAGCCUGAAAACAAAGAGGACAGUGGAGAUUAUGAAACAUUUGAAAGUCUCAAGGAAAAAGGAUACAGUGUGUGCACAAACCCCAGUGGUGUUCAAUGCAGAGCUAAAGAACACCCAGAUACAGAAAUUGAUCACCUUAACCAAACAAUACAGUGUAGUCAGAGCAUAGGAUUAAUAUGCAAUAAUCAGGACCAAGAAUCUAAGCAGUGCCAUAAUUAUGAAAUCAGAAUAUCGUGCUGCAGAUAUGUACCAUGUUCUGAAAUACAAUCUACAACACCAACAACCACAAAAGAAUUCACAACAACUACUGCUGCAGAAUCAACACAAUUCACAGUACAGACAAAGAUAAAACCAACAACACAAAAACAAGAAACUGAAGUGCAAACGAGUGAAGUAACUACAACAUCACCCAGUGACAGAGAAACAACAACUACUCUGACUGAAACUUCAGUUACAGCAAGGACAUCUCAAGUCUCAACAACAGGUUACCAAACUACAUCUCCUAUAGCAGAAACCUCCACUGUGACAACUCAGGCUCCAACACCACCCAAUACCAUCUCCACUCUCCCUGAACAAAAAACAAAAAUCACUGUUGGCACCACAGCAGUUUCUGGUACUACUGCUCUGCCAACACAAGGCACGACUGUCCCGACAUCCACACCAACAGUGCCCGCCCCAGCCACUAGCACUGCCACCAGCACUGCCACCACCUCUACAACCACCACUGGCACCAGCAUGGAAACCCCGACAGCAGCAACUCUUCCAAAUGUAUUAUCCACUACUGCUAUUCAAACAACAGUAUCACCCACUACUGCUUCCACUACUCCCGAAGCAAAAAUAGGAAGCACAGCAGGCACCACAGCUAUCCCCACUACCACACGUCAGAUGAAAGAAGGCACCACCAUCAUAGCGACCACCACCAGGACCUCUCCGCUUCAGACCGAAAGCACCACCAUCAAUGUCACACCGAAACCAACAGUGCCCACACCAGCCACUAGCACUGCCAGCACCUCCAGGACCACAGAGGGAAGUCCCACAACACCUUCAGCCAAAACUGUUCCAGGUGAAACCUCCACUGCAGGAACACAGGCUCCAACUUCAGGUUCUACCACUUCCACAACUCCUGAAGCAAAAAUAGGAAGCACUGCUGGCACCACGGCUGUCCCCACUACCACACGCCCAACAAAGGAAGGAACAACAGCCAUCGCAACUACCACCAGGACCUCUCCCCCUCAGACUGAAGGCACCACAGUCAUCAUCACACCCACACCAGCAGUGCCCACACCAGCCACCAGCACCGCCAGCACCUCCAGGACAACAGAAGGAAGAACACAGGCUCCAACUUCGGCCUCUACCAUUUCCACAACAUCCGAAGCAAAAAUAGGAAGCACCGCUGGCACCACGGCUGUCCCCACUACCACACGCCCAACAAAGGAAGGAACAACAGCCAUCGCAACUACCACCAGGACCUCUCCCCCUCAGACUGAAGGCACCACAGUCAUCAUCACACCCACACCAGCAGUGCCCACACCAGCCACCAGCACCGCCAGCACCUCCAGGACAACAGAAGGAAGCACUGCAACACCUUCAGCCAAAACUGCUCCAGGUGAAACCUCCACUGCAGGAACACAGGCUCCAACUUCGGCCUCUACUGCUUCCACUACUCCUGAAGCAAAAAUAGGAAGCACCGCUGGCACCACGGCUGUCCCCACUACCACACGCCCAACAAAGGAAGGAACAACAGUUGUUGUGACCACCACCAGGACCUCUCCCCCUCAGACUGAAGGCACCACAGUCAUCAAGACACCCACACCAGCAGUGCCCACACCAGCCACUAGCACUGCCAGCACCUCCAGGACAACAGAGGGAAGCACUGCAACACCUUCAGCCAAAACUGUUCCAGGUGAAACCUCCACUGCAGGAACACAACCUCCAACUUCUGCCACUAUUGCUUCCACUACUCCCGAAGCAAAAAUAGGAAGCACCGCUGGCACCACGGCUGUCCCCACUACCACACGCCCAACGAAAGAAGGAACAACCGUCAUUGCGACCACCACCAGGACCUCUCCCCCUCAGACCGAAGGCACCACAGUCAUCACAACACCCACACCAACACUUCCCAUGUCAGCAACCACCACUAUUGCCAGCACCUCCAAGACCACAGACAACUGUGAGGAGCGCUGUGCCUGGACACAGUGGUUUGAUGUGGACUCCCCUACACCUGGUAGCCAAAAUGGAGACUUUGAGACAUAUGAAAAUAUCCGAGCUGCUGGUUAUCCACUGUGUGACAAGCCACAAGACAUCAAGUGCCGUGCUAAAGAUUACUCUGACAGAAUUGUGCAAAUAAUGGGACAAAAAUUUCAGUGCAGCCUUGACACUGGGCUCCUGUGCAGAAAUAAGGAUCAGACUGUCAAGUAUCCGAUGUGCUUUGACUAUGAGGUCUCAGUGCUGUGCUGUGACCGUAAACAUUGCCAGACAACAUCAGCAAUUCCAGGGACCACAGUAAGGGCCUCCACCACAUACUACUCUCCAGAAACCACCACAGUAGCAACCCAAACUGCACCAUUAACAAAAAUGACAACCACUGAAACCACAACAGGUACACUGAGGACCAGUGCCCAGCAAACUGAAGGCACAACCAUCCUCAUCACACCCACACCAGCAGUGCCCACACCAGCCACCAGCACCGCCAGCACCUCCAGGACAACAGAGGGAAGCACUGCAACACCUUCAGCCAAAACUGUUCCAGGUGAAACCUCCACUGCAGGAACACAACCUCCAACUUCUGCCACUACUGCUUCCACAACUCCUGAAGCAAAAAUAGGAAGCACCGCUGGCACCACGGCUGUCCCCACUACCACACGCCCAACAAAGGAAGGAACAACAGUCAUCGUGACCACCACCCGGACCUCUCCCCCUCAGACUGAAGGCACCACAGUCAUCAUCACACCCACACCAACAGUGCCCACACCAGCCACUAGCACUGCCAGCACAUUCAGGACAACAGAAGGAAGCACUGCAACACCUUCAGCCAAAACUGUUCCAGUUGAAACCUCCACUGCAGGAACACAGGCUCCAACUUCUGCCACUACUGCUUCCACAACUCCUGAAGCAAAAAUAGGAAGCACCGCUGGCACCACGGCUGUCCCCACUACCACACGCCCAACAAAGGAAGGAACAACAGUCGUCGUGACCACCACCCGGACCUCUCCCCCUCAGACUGAAGGCACCACAGUCAUCAUCACACCCACACCAGCAGUGCCUACUCCAGCCACCAGCAUGGCCAGCACAUCCAGGACCACAGCAGGAACCACCACAACACCUUCAGCCAAAACUGUUCCAGUUGAAACCUCCACUGCAGGAACACAGGCUCCAACUUCGGCCUCUACCAUUUCCACAACUCCUGAAGCAAAAAUAGGAAGCACUGCUGGCACCACGGCUGUCCCCACUACCACACGCCCAACAAAGGAAGGAACAACAGUCGUCGUGACCACCACCCGGACCUCUCCCCCUCAGACGGAAGGAACAACCACCAUCCUCAUCACACCCACACCAGCAGUGCCCACACCAGCCACCAGCACCGCCAGCACCUCCAGGACAACAGAGGGAAGUCCCACAACACCUUCAGCCAAAACUGUUCCAGGUGAAACCUCCACUGCAGGAACACAGGCUCCAACUUCUGCCACUACUGCUUCCACAACUCCUGAAGCAAAAAUAGGAAGCACCGCUGGCACCACGGCUAUCCCCACUACCACACGCCCAACAAAGGAAGGAACAACAGCCAUCGCAACUACCACCAGGACCUCUCCCCCUCAGACUGAAGGCACCACUGUCAUCAUCACUCCCACACCAUCAGUGCCCACACCAGCUACCAGCACCGCCAGCACCUCCAGGACAACAGAGGGAAGCACUGCAACACCUUCAGCCAAAACUGCUCCAGUUGAAACCUCCACUGCAGGAACACAGGCUCCAACUUCGGCCUCUACCAUUUCCACAACAUCCGAAGCAAAAAUAGGAAGCACCGCUGGCACCACGGCUGUCCCCACUACCACACGCCCAACAAAGGAAGGAACAACAGUCGUCGUGACCACCACCCGGACCUCUCCCCCUCAGACUGAAGGCACCACAGUCAUCAUCACACCCACACCAUCAGUGCCCACACCAGCUACCAGCACCGCCAGCACCUCCAGGACAACAGAGGGAAGCACUGCAACACCUUCAGCCAAAACUGCUCCAGUUGAAACCUCCACUGCAGGAACACAGGCUCCAACUUCGGCCUCUACCAUUUCCACAACUCCUGAAGCAAAAAUAGGAAGCACCGCUGGCACCACGGCUGUCCCCACUACCACACGCCCAACAAAGGAAGGAACAACAGUUGUUGUGACCACCACCAGGACCUCUCCCCCUCAGACGGAAGGAACAACCACCAUCCUCAUCACACCCACACCAGCA